CAGUGUACUCUAAAGGGAUUGGAUUAUUUCUGUUUCGUCGUUGGUUGGGAGGAGGAAUAUGUAUGAGUACUGCACGUUUAGAUGGAAAAACUGUUGUAAUCACUGGAGGUAAUACAGGCAUUGGAAAAGUGACAGCUUUGGAACUUGCUAAGAGAGGAGCACAUGUUGUUAUUGCAUGUAGAGACACUACAAAAGGUGAUAUGGCAGUACAAGAAAUCAAGAGUAUUGUUCCCAAUGGAAGUGUUGUCACUCUUUCCCUUGAUCUUUCUUCCUUACAGUCGGUUCAUACCUUUGCCAAAAAGUUACUGAGAUCUGAGCCACAUAUACACAUCCUCAUAAACAAUGCAGGUGUAGCAUGCUGUCCUCAGUGGAAGACAGAAGAUGGAUUUGAAAUGCAGCUGGGAGUGAAUCAUUUGGGUCACUUUCUUUUAACAUUGCUUUUGUUGGACUGUCUUAAGAAAUCAGCACCAGCAAGAAUAAUUAAUGUUUCCUCUGUGGCUCAUAGGUUAGGGAAAAUUCAUUUUGAAGACAUUCAUUUGGAAAACUGCUUCAACCCCUUUACAGCUUACUACCAGAGUAAGCUGGCUAAUGUGCUUUUUACAAAAGAAUUAGCUAAAAGGCUUCAAGGAACUGGAGUGACAACUUAUGCGCUCCAUCCUGGAGCAGUUCAAACAGAGCUAGGAAGAUACUUGGGUACAUCAGUGAAUUAUUGUGUGGGAUGGAUGUUCUACGUGUUUGGAAUUCUUUUUUUUAAAUCGGUAGAAGAAGGUGCCCAGACUACAAUAUAUUGUGCUGUUGCUGAAGAACUGGAACAUCAGACAGGACUUUAUUACAA